AUGACAACGACAAAAGCUGGUUGCGACAUGGAUGGUCCUGUCCAGCGGUUUCAGAGCCACCAGAUCAGCUUGGGAUUCUCCACACCAAGGCUGCUCUUCUGCCGGCAAAUGGGUUUAGACAUGGAUCUUGAACUUCUUUCAAAAGAUGGAACGGAGAGGUGUUUUGAGAUGAGCAAAGCUGACAAGUACGCGCUGCGAGUAAAUGAACACCAGGCCAUAGAUAAUUCUUCCUUGUUUUGGUUAUUUGGUGAAGAAACGUUUCCGGAAAUGCGAAUGACGAUAAGAUUAGCCAAAAUAAAUUGUGGCAUUUCAUGUUCCUGGGAGUGUACCGAGGGUAGUGUGGCUGAGCUGAUUUUCCACAAUAUUGCUCUUCGAAAAGAAAUCCAGAGCUUGAAUGAAGAAAAUGCUAAUCUCAAGGAGGAAAACAACCACCUUAGGCAAAUGCAAUCGGGCAUUCCGAAAACGGUUGAAGCUGUGUCAGACCAACUGACGACAUCGGUGUCUGAUGUUAACAUGUCCUCGGUGUGCGAUGACACCGUUUCCACCUACUAUAAUCCAGUACCCGGGGUGAACACAAUCCUCUCCUGUGUCGAAAGGGAGGUUCCCAUUGACACUGGGCCCACACCGACCUUGACUGUGAACGUACGUCAGAAGAUGGACCAGAUAAGACAGAUGUUCUAUGAGGACGACAGCGAGCGGCAGCACCAGGAGACGCUCACCAUAAAGACGUCCACGGUGGGAGGAACGAGCAUUGCUUCCACCCCCAAACCCUCCACUCCGCUCUACAUUCACAAAGACGUCCCUCUCGAGGUGCUCCCUGGCCGCUGUCUAGGCGGGCUUCAGACGCACAAAGAUGAGUCCCCGCCCCUUCAGUUCGUGCGGUCAGAGAAGCCGUUAGGCUUGCAGAUAUUCAAGGACCCUGAGGGUUUGGCGGCAUGCGAGACUGAGCCAAAGCGACCGCGCCAGCCACUGCGGACGAUCACUCAGACGUCGCCUUUGAGCCACCCACCCCCACCCUCCUCUGAUGAGGAGAAUCUGGGCUUCGUGGCGGUGACGCGGGCGGCCGCCCGGAUUGACUCGGCCGGAGCAACAGUCCCCACUUUUACUCUACCUAUCGUUUUCGACCCCCCCUGUGCUUCCACUUCUGUUUUCACUCGGAGUCUCGCUCCCUCUCCUCCAUCCGCCCCUCUUAACCCUAGUACAAGGGUCCAACCGGAACAGCCCCAGCAACUGAAGGCGGAGAGUGAUCACAUGGUACUGGAGAUGAAUAGCCCACCGCCAUCACCGAGCAGACCAAAUACCCCACUGGCCGACGCCUUCAGCAAAUUCGUCCACAGUCCUGAUGCACGCGGACGGUUGCGCAUCGACGCGACUAAGUUCAUUGACGCCUUCCUCUCCACAAAGGCGGUUAAGACAAAGGACUCAGAGAAUAAACGACCACCUAUCUUAUAG